GAUUGAUAUAAUAUUUUGAACUUUUAUAUCGAGAUUAAAAUACUGUAUUAAUAGUAAUUAUGUGAAUGUAAAUACUGUGAAAAUAUGAAUAGUAUGAAAUGAUUGCAUUAUCUCUGUUGACCAACAGUACAGCUCACUGGACACGAGUCCUCUCAGCAAUUAUGUGAUGCACCCCUUCUGGAACUUCACUGUCAAGAUUGUUCCCAAAUGGUUGGCUCCCAAUGUCUUAACAUUCGCGGGAUUUUUAUUUACUGUUGGCAAUGGACUACUGCUUACUAUUUAUGAUAAAGAUUUUUGCGGAUCAAGUGAUGACUAUAAAUGGUGUCCACCAGUGCCGGCAUGGGUAUGGCUGGCGUGUGCUGUGAGUCACUUCUUGGCGCAUACAUUAGAUGGAAUCGAUGGCAAACACGCCAGACGUACCAACUCGAGCGGACCAUUGGGCGAACUCAUGGACCAUGGAUUGGACAGUUGGACGGCUCUGUUCAUCCCAUUCUGUAUUUAUUCCAUCUUCGGUCGCGCGGACUUCAGUGAAAGUCCUCUACGAAUGCUAUUUAUAUUUUGGACAAUAUUUUUGACCUUUUAUUUGUCUCAUUGGGAGAAAUAUAACACCGGAAUCCUUUACCUCCCGUGGAGUUACGAUGCCUCACAAAUAGCACUCUUUAGCAUGUAUUUGAUCACAUAUUUCGGUUCUUAUAAAUACUGGAAAUUUGUAGUACCGGUGCUCAACAUCACUAGCGGACGACUCUUUGAACUCAUAUCUUAUGUCGGAAGCUUCGUAGUGUCGGCGCCCGUCACCGUCUAUAACGUGUAUUCGUGUAAACACUUAAAGCAACCGACUUUCUGGGAGUCGUUCCGACCGCUGGUCCCUCUCAUAGUGUUAUUCUCUACAACGAGUGGUUGGGCGGCCUUUUCCCCUAACAAUGUGAUUGAUCGCGAGCCCCGAACCUUCUACUUCAUGGUCGGAACCGUAUUCGCCAACAUUGCUUGUCGACUAAUUGUUAGUCAGAUGUCAUCGACGAGAUGCGAAGCCGUCAAUUGGUUUCUGUUGCCGUUGGCGGUGACUGUGAUGGCGGUGACGACACUCCCGAUGAGCGAACGCCAGGAGGUGUUACUCUUGCGGAUGAACUCAUUGUUGUUUUGUUUACUUCACAUCCAUUACGGCGUGUGUGUUGUGCGGCAAAUGUGUGAACACUUUAGAAUCAAUUGCUUUUCCCUUAAGAAGAGAGACGACAGUGAAGAAGCUGUUAGUUUAGGUAAAGUUAAGAUAUGA